GUGUUCAUAACCUCAAAUUAUUGAUAAAUAUUUUUCGUACAUAAGUACAGUUGAAAAAAUUGUGAAAACGUUAUUUUCAUUUAAAGAAUAUAUCGAAACUGUUAAUCACUUUAUGAAAAACUCAAAGGAAACCAAUUGUGAGUAAAUUAAUACCAGAUUAAAAGAAAUUUUCAACAUGAACAGAGAAAAUAUGAAAGUAUUAUUCAACGGUUAUUCCAAAUUCGAAAAUGGUAAUUACUUCGCCAAUUGUUCUUGCGUUUUAAUAAAAACUACACCCUGUAUAAUUAUCGAUACGAUGACGUCGUGGGACGAAGAAAAAUUAUUGAACGCAUUGAAUGAAGAAGGGAUAUAUGCGAACGAUAUAAAAUUCGUAAUUUCCACUCACGGACAUUCUGAUCAUAUUGGUUGCAACCAUUUGUUCAAAUCGGCUACUCACAUCGUAGGUUACAGCGUUUCACACAGGGACGAAUAUUUUACAGAACCGGAUUUCAGAAAUAACGAAGAAUACGUUAUUAACGAACACGUUAAAGUUGUUCCUACACCGGGGCAUACUUUACAAGACGUAACCGUUCUCGUCGAAACCGUAGACGGGUUAAUAGCGGUUACGGGAGAUUUAUUUGAAAAAUAUGAAGAUCUCGAUGAUGAUUGCGUGUGGUUAAAUGCCGGUAGCGAUUCGGAGACGUUGCAGAGAGAAAAUAGGAGAAAAAUAUUGGAUAUUGCGGAUUAUAUAGUACCUGGACAUGGUGCUAUGUUUAAAGUUCCUGAAAAGUUUAAAAAGAACUGAACUUUCGUUGGAUUUUGACACUAUUCACUAGUACCGAUUCAUAAUUACGCGUUUCCGUAACCUCGUUAUUAUCAUUAAACGUAUUUUCAAUUUUAUGAACAUCAUCGAUUAAAUCGAACAGUUGUUGCCGAAGAAAUCGCUGGUCUUCUUCUACUCCGGCAUAUUUCGACUAAAAACGAUUGUCCAGAAAAUCAACAGUGAGCUGCUCGCUUCAUAUCCCGCUCGAAGGACCAGACAAUGUAAUUCUGAAUGUAGAUUUAGUACUUCAACUUCAGUCUCUGAAGACGGUAACUUGGUUAACAAAACGCGUAGACAGUGUAAUUGGGAGUAAAUGUCCCCAAUGGAAGAGUCCAGUUACUGUAAAAGAAGUUACGCUAUCAAAGAUGUCGCUUCAAUCGUGCGUACUCGGCAUCUACGAUCGAUUCUUAUUUUGGUAUAGAAGCUCGAGCUCGUUUUGUAUUCAAUCCGGCUUAAAAGCUCACGAACGAGUUAGUAUUACCCCGUUCUGAAGGGAUCCAACAAUAUAAAAACAGGUCAACGGAUUAUAUUGCAAUUGCGAAUCAUAAAUGAUGUAAUUAUCGGGAAAAAAUCGAUCGACAUGUUUUUUGAACACAGUAGCCAGGAAAGUGAUUGUUCUAUUCACUAAGGCUCGGAAUGGAAUAUAGAAGAGGAAUUUAUCGGUUCCAAUGUUGUUAUACACGAACCGAAUAACUGCGCUAGCUCGUAUUGACGUCAAUACUGGUUAUAAGCUUCCGAACGAGUUACCAUGUUCUGAAGAAAUCCAACAAAAUAAAAACCGGUCAACGAAUCAUACCACUCCCCCUGCAACUGCGAUCCAUUAAAGAUGUUGAUUUUGAGAAAAAGUUGCAUUAGAGAAGAUGUCGAGGCAUUAAUCAGAAAAAUAGUUGUUUUAGGAACGGUCGUGUAUUUGAAUUAACAAAGUUGUGAAAAUAGGAAAAGCAAACUGUAAAAAUAUCGA